CGCCGCCGCAGUCAUGUUUUCGUUUGGCGGUGGCGAUUCCCGUACGCGAGUGCGCGCGCGUGUGUUUGUGAUUGUGUGUGCGUGUGUGAGCGUGUAUAUACUCUAUCCCUUAUGUCCCUUCCGCUCUUAAUCGUAAACAAAAUUAUCGGUUUUUUCCGCUGUCCGAAAUUGUACCAGGAACCGGAACAUUGAAAAACAAUUAUCGCACAUUGUUUGAUCAUCGGCCGGCUACCCGUGUGCCCCGCGUAUUUGGACUAUUGUGUAACGAGCACAGAAGGCUGAGUACCGGUAACAUUUCGAACGAUAUACGAAAUCGGAGCUCCGUGUCGAAGGGACCGCCGAGAUGUCUUAAAUUACUUUGACACUGUUUCAGUGUGGUACACUUAGUUACAAAACGAUUCUUCAUUCGGCUGACGAUGUGCUCGAGCAGCUCUUGGCAAGCACUGGUCACCACAGUGUUGGCCUGUUCAGCAGUCUGCGCGUUCGCUUCCGGCGCCAACUUCUCCGCAUUUCCAUUUAUCCAAUACUUGACACAGCCUCCCUCGCUGACAGUGAAGCCGAGACCGCAGCAGGCGAAGAGCAACGGCGUGGCGUCUUUCUACUGUGGCGCGCGCGGUGACCCUCGACCGACCAUCUACUGGCGGAAGAAUUUGAAAAAGGUGUCGACGUCGCUGAGCAGGUACGAGAUUGUUGACAAGGUGGUUGGCGACAGCGAGACUGGCUCGGUGUUGCGCAUUGAGCCGACCCGGGCGCCCCGGGACAACGCUGUCUACGAGUGUUUCGCUGAGAACGGCGUGGGCGACGCAGUCAGCGCGAAUGCCAAGCUAGAAGUGUACGAUGAAAAAGAUUUGCCCGCCGGUUUCCCGGUGAUCACCGAGGGUCCGGGCACUCACAAAUCUAUUGAAGUGGGCCAUAACGCUGUGUUGCAGUGCACCGCCACAGGUAAUCCGCAGCCGAACAUCUAUUGGCUUCGAGAUAAUAUGCGACUGGACUUGGACACGAACCCGAGAUACUCGAUUCUCGACAAAGGAUUUCCAGGUGCUUUGCAGAUCAGCGACAGUCAGGAAACAGACCAGGGAAAAUAUGAAUGCGUGGCCGAAAACACUGUGGGCACACAACAUGCUACGACCAUGCAACUGUGGGUCAGAGUUCGUCGAGUGCCGCCGCAGUUUUCCAUCCCCCCGCCCACUAUGGAGAAAGUAAAAGUCGGCGAAAACAUCAGCAUUCCGUGUGUGGCCGUCGGUUCGCCGAUGCCGUACGUGAAAUGGCGCCGAGGGAAGACAACCGAACUCUCGCCCGAAGACAAACUGCCCGUGGGCCGGAACGUGUUGAACUUGACAAACGUCGAGGUUUCGGAUAAUUACACGUGCAUAGCGGCCUCAUCCCUGGGCAUGAUUGAAGCGACGACUUUCAUUAAAGUCUUGACACUACCCAGUCCGCCGAUCGACGUCAAAGUGUCGGAUGUGACGUCCACGUCGGUCAAGCUGAGCUGGUCGCACCCCAACCCGGACGACAUACAGUACUAC